AUGGAAAAGGACGGAAAAGCCCACUCCACUAAAGACGUGGCUAGCAAGCAGCCGUCAAUUAAACAAGUUCUAAGUAAUUUUUGUGGCUAUACAACAGCACAUGGACUUGGAAGAUUGGCUGAAAGCCGCAAUGUUAUUCGCCGAAUAGCAUGGAGCUUGUUUUGCAUCGGGGCUUUGGUGAUGUUCGUUCUCCAGAUAAAGAAUCUUUUUCUCAUUUAUUUGAGUAGGCCUGUGGCAACAGUGGUAAACGUUCAUCAUGAAAGCGUAAGUGUGAAAGACAAAGAAAGCAGGUUAAUGCUAUAAACGGUUACGGUUAGGGUUACCACCUACGGUCACCCAUGGAUGCAAUGCAAAUCCAUAGGUAACAUAGAGACGGCGCAGACUACAAAUCGGCUUUAGUUUGAGAUUUGAUUUUGGAGUCCCGUUAUUCUUAUAAUUUGAAUUAUUGGAGAAAUGAGAAACAAUAUUUUUAUUCAAUAUUUUUUCUUCUACUUCCAGUGAAUUUUGUUGUUAGUUUGGAUCCGGCUCGUGAUAUUGGGAAAAAUCAAUGAAACGCAGUAAAUUUACAAAUAACACUAUUGUCCGUGUCAAUCUUAUCAUCUCCUAAAUUUACCUCACGUCAAGCAACUGAAAAUUUAAGUAAUAUUCAGUUGCUUUUAUGGGUAGACACGUUAUUUUAAAGACCGUUGAAACUCGGAGUUUACUUAAAAAGAGCUCCGACACGUUCUAACACCAACGGAAAAGUUUGUAAGCAAGUUGUUACCAUCACUCUCUUGUUGGAUGUUAUGCAAAGUCUUCAAACAGAUCGUCAGAGGCAGAAUUGAUAUUAUUUAUUGACUAGGUUCACCCUGCUCUGAGGGAUUUUCAAAAUCUAUUGGGGAAUAUAAUCCAGUAUCACUUGAAAUAUUUCAUUUUAGUAUGUAAACUUUCUUAUUCGUAAUUUUAAAAUUUUGCACUGAACUUAAAGAAUGUUCAGGGUGUGUUUAUUGGUGAUGAGGCAUUUUUUUAUAAGUAUACAUUAUUAAGUGUAAAACUUUCGAUUUUUGAGUAAUUUAUACCAAUAAUAAUGCAGAAAAAAAUGUUAAUGUGUAUCAUGCCAUGUUGUUGAUUGUUGCAAUAAGCUUGACACAUUUUAAUAUAGUUUUGUUCAACAUUUGAACGACGUUGCAGCUUGUUAGAUGAUAAGCAUUAAACAAUUUAAUCUUUGCUGUUCAACAAGUUGAACUUGCUAAACGACCAAAUAAGGCCUAGCUUUAUUCUCUAAUUCAACAACAUUCAACACGUGAAACUAUGGCCUAUUGCAAUUUUCAGUACCAGGCUUGGUACAAUUUUAUUACUUUUUAACCCCGUGUUUUCUCGCGUGCUCUUAUAAGUUGAGAGCAUUUAGAGAGAUUUAAUGUCGUUUUACUGUAGUUUUCCUCACGUCUACACAUUAGUCAGUAGCUUUUUUGCCAGCCAAGUUUCAUCUAGCCUGCGAAAACAUCCGUUUCUCCUCGCUCUUCGCCGCUGGGGACGUUUCGCGAGGAGGAACGUCUGCGACUCAGUGGCAGAAAUUCCAUACUGAUGACGCAAAUCAAUGUUUACAUAAUAAAUCCGGUAGUCAUGGGGUUCCAAAUACAAAUUUGGCCAAUUUUACGUGUCCUUUGGUCGAUUUUGGUAAAGUGUUGUGUUCGUCUGCCAACAAGCUCUAGCAAAACUCAAACGCUUCUUCUAGAGAAGAGUAUAUUCCACAAAUAUUCACUGUUUUGCUAGAGAUUCUUCGAGUUUACAUUUGACCUUUGUGGCCUUUUGUCUUUUAUCUGUCAUUCGUAAACAAAAGCUAAAACAAUGCAACUACUCCGUCGACCAAUCAGCGCUUCUGACCGGAUUCCGGACAGAUUUUGCGUCAUCAGUAUGGAAUUUCUGUCGCUGAGUCGCAGACGUUCCUCCGCGCGAAACGUCCCCAGCGGCGAAGAGCGAGGAGAAACGGAUGUUUUCGCAGGCUAAGUUUCAUCGAUAAGAAUUAUUCUGGACAGUUUUUGUCAGCUCAUUUCCUAAUAUGAGAAUUGUCAAGUGCAAUCCGAUGUUCGUCGUUUGCCACUAACCUGACUCUAAAUCUCGGUCUCUCGGUUGUCUGUGAGAGAAUCAUUGAUGAGAAGAAUAUGAUGAUGGACGGUUUGUUGCCGUAGAUUUCCUAAUUAAAGAAAAUUCACCGAAAAUAGACUCUGAAAACCUUUCACUGUUGUUGUUUAUGUAUAUGAAAAAGAAUCAUGCAAACAAAUCGACUCAAAAGGAAAAUAACAAUGAAAAUAUUACUAAUAAUAAUCAUGAUUAUACAACUACAUGAGAAAUUUCUGCAAUUUGAUUGGCUUAGAGCAGUGGUAUUUCAGCUUAAUUUGAAAUACCUACAUGUGAAAAUUACAAACCUUUUGCGGGUAGUCGUAUAAGCAAAUAAUAGAAUGAUUUGUACGUGAACAAAUCGACAUUUCAAAAUUGGCCUAACGGCUCGUGAAAUUGUAUAACAAUUUGAAAAUAUUAUCACUACAAAUAAUAAUCAUGAUAAUGAUGACGAUAAUGAUAAUAAUGAUAAUAAAUAGAUCCAUUUGUUGAAAGUCACUUUUCAAAAUCUCAUUUGUUGAACAAGAGCUGCAUAAAACUACUUUUGACGUGUUGGGCCAAAACGAUUGUUUUCUCACAAUUCUUCUGCUUUUUAAAACUUUUAACUGUAUUUUUCUCCCUUUAUAGCGUGUUAGCUUUCCAGCCGUAACAAUCUGCAAUUUAAACAUGAUCCGUUUAGAUAAGCUUCCCCACGACUUCAUCAGUACACUUCUAGAAGAACUGAAAGGCGAAGGUAUGGAUAGUCCCCAAUAUCUGACGUUUCAUUAUAAUUAAUAACUCUGUUGAUUUAGAUUUAUCUUUUUAAAGUUUAAAACUUUUAACUUGUUUUUUUAACUUUUAUUUAUUAAUAGCAAAAUGCGUUACAUAGCUCAGUUCUAAUUUUCCCCCCACCCAACUGACUGCCCCUGGGUCUGGGGUGACCUUGGAUCUGUUCGCCUAGAGUGUUCGAGAGAAAAUAUAAACUAUAUAUGUACUAUGAUAACAGCACGCUCGACGUGCCGUGUACUGCGAAAUAUCUUGGUCUGUAAUCAUUCCAUACAGACUAAUUUUCUUAAGGAACAAGAAUCAAGUUAGGCGGUUGGGGUUUAGGGUUAAAAAAUAAAUCAAAAUACCUACCAUUGUGAACAUCACACUUAUAAUUUAGCUUCGAAUUAGGCUUUUUUAACUAUCUUACUAUUUGUGUAGUCAUCUUAGCGAUUCUUUUUCGUUAUAGGACAAGAUACGAAAUCGAACGGUUCUCACGCAGCCUCCCUUCUGUUAGGUGCCACUACAGGCCAGCCUGAAUCAACAGCAAAUCCUUCUUCUCCUGGCAGCGUUACAACAAUAGAGGAAGCUAUUACUACUCCAAACAAUGAUGUUACCACUGCUACAAACCCUAGUGGAAAUGCACCCACAGGGACUUCUCAAACUGACGCUACUGCGUUCUCCAAUGGUGCUACAACAAAUCCCGCCUCUGAUAGUGCUACAACUUCUACAGCUGGCGAUGACGUAACCACUGGUACAGACCCAGGGGGAACGGGACCAACGGGCACCCCUGAUAAUGCCGCUACUACGUUCCCCCACGGAGGAGAGUAUAAUUACGAUUAUGACGACUACUACUUUUAUGACUAUGACUACGAUUAUGAUUACUAUUAUAACGAUGGCUUUGGAGCAGAGAGUAAAGAUGAAGAAUACGCCAUUGAAGAAGCUAUUCGCGCUGAGCUGGCCCUUCAAAACGAUUCCUUCAUCUUCGAUAUGGGGCACCAGUUUGAGGAUUUGGUAUUCGAGUGUUCUUUCAGGGGAUAUGAUUGCAAGUAUGUUGUCUUUUACUAAAAGGCGUUUAGCACUUGCAGAUUAAACAAUGAAUCAAUCAGUUCUGUCUGCAUUAGAGGCAUACCGUCUCUGAGGAACUUCCAGAUGUCACAUGGUCUGUAGUGCGCGGUCUACAAUGAAACAGUUGCGAUACAUUAAGAUAUAUAAGCCAGUUAGUGGUAACGGGGAUAAGAGGAGAUCAGAACAUCAGAUCAGAUAAAGAUAGUUAACGAUAGGAUCUGUGCGAUAAAAAUUCUGCAAUUAAGAGAAUAGCACUGCUCGGAACUUAUAAGUGGCACACUUCUACAUUAAAGUAAUAAAUAUAAUUAAAAAUCAAGUAUUUCUACUCUGAUUUUUCUAAUAGCAAGCGUAAUAAUGAGUCAAAGUUAUGUGUUUUUUAAGUUAUGAAGUAUGAUCUUUCGCUUUAAUUUCAGAAACUAUUCGAAAUAUUGGAACUUCCUUUGGGAUUCUCGGUAUGGUAACUGCUAUACAUUCAAUGGAGGAAUCAAUGAUGAAGGCGAAAAACAACGGGUCCUUCAAUCUUACGUCACGGGACCAACCGGCGGUAAUUAAUAUGUCUUUUCUUAGCAUACAGUCAACUCUCUCUAAGACGGACACCUUUUGGAACUGGCACUAAGUGUCUGUCUUAGAGAGGUGUCCGUCUUAUAGCGAGUCAAAUAAAGGGAGUAAAGAAAGGCAGGGACCGUCUUACAGAGGUGUCCGUUAAGAGAGAGUCGACUGUAUUGUCUAAUUUUAUCAAAAGAUUAGUUUGAAAACGUUGAUCGUCAGUCAGUUGUCUCAUUUAUUGCUCGAUCAGGAGUAUUUUUGGCGGGAAACAGCUCUAUUUUAUUUCUAUAGAUAGCUAUUUCAAGAGCUGCUCGUCUAGUAGUGUUGGAAAAUACAGCAAUAAAGGACUAAUAUUGUAAGACGGGGCGGCUAAAGACUAACAUUUGUUUCAGUAGCUGCGCAAGUAUAUGCCUUUUGGACCACGCUAAUGUUUAGUGGAGCGCUGAAUUGAUCAGAGGGAGCCGGAAUUAGGAAUAUUAACGUCCAUUUAAAUUAUUCUUGACGAUGGCCAAUCACGUCAUUUGCAAACAUUGUCGAUAAUACCAAGCUUUGUCUGACGCUGUUAUGAAUCAGUCUUAAGACGAUUGUGAGAGUUCAUGAUAGGUUGUGCCAGACUGUGUGCCUUGUCCGGAGUGUUUGUACUCAUUAGAAAACCACUCUCCCCUCCUCCCUUCCCCGGCAGGAGACAAACAAUACGGAUUUGCAUCUCAGUAUCAUAAAAUAUAGCCUUCCAGUUGAUAGAUCGUUCUCUGUUUCCUCUUACUGUUUUUAGGACUUAAACUAAAUUUGUUCAUAGAACAGUCUCAAUACAUCCCCGAAAUUAGUGACACGGCAGGAGCUAGAGUGGUGAUUCACGAACAAGGACAAGUUCCCUUUCCUUACAAUGAAGGCCACAGUGUGCUUCCGAGCAGAUCUACAUCAUUUGGAAUACGGCGGGUAGGCAACGCUGUGAUAACCACUAUCAUUGAUAAACUGGUUACAGUCCCCUAUUUUUUCGUGAGAUCGUCGAGAUAUAGCGCGCCUUACCGUUAAUGGCGGCCAUCUUGAUUUUUAAAUGUACCGAGGAGGCAGGCGUUGGGGAUUAUAGCCCCGCGCCGUAAGUAGUUUUGAAACUCAUGCAAGAUAGCAGCCCGUAACGGAAAGCGCUCGAUCUCGACGAUCUUACGGAAAAAUAGAGGACUGUGAACAGUCCAUUUCAUUAACUUUAUCAACGAGCCUGCUGAAAGUGCAGGUUUAUGUCCUUUCAGAAUGUCUUGAUUUUCCGUGCUCGAGUCUAAAAUAUGUUCUACUAUAAGCCAUUUUGCUGCUAGCUUUUCGAUGCUUUAAUUAGUUCUGUUCCAUCUGGAAUUUUCCUCAAAAGUAGCUUGACCGACGUCAUAACGCGUAACCAUAGUAACGGAAUACCACUUAAAAUGUUAAGAUAUGUCUGACCCAAGUCUGACGAAUAAAGUCAAUAAAUGAACCGCUAAUUGAAAAGAGUUCCAAUUCUGACUUACAUCAUUUUUUAGGAGAGUGGCAUCUCCUCCCUCUUAAAUACACAAGGGUCAAGAUUCCGUGAAAUGGAAGGGGAGAGACGAGUUUACUCAAAUUGCCUGGCCAAGAACUAAUUUUCGCUUAUGUUCAACUGCAAACGUAGUUCAGCAUGUGCAGCUUUAUUGUUACAAAUGUGAACAACAGACACAGAGAAUUUUCAGAAAUAACGUUCAGAAAUAAUGGAUAGUUCUGAAACGAGGAGGCUUCUCAUCAUGAGUUUGAAACUUUGUAAUUUUUAUUGUUUGACCUUAGACCGUUAUAGAGAGGGAAGAUCCGUUCGGCAAUGGAAGUUGUGUUUCGCAGAGUGCUCUAAAUGGCAAAAACCUGUAUGCCAAAAAAUACAACGCUUCGUACUCUAAACAGGUAAAAAAAAUAACAACGUAAAAGAUAUUUAUUAAUUGCUAAGAAGUAUUGAAAGAUAUGGUUGAUCAGAUGAUAGGAUUUUGCAGUUAGCCAAUUACAACAAGAAUACAUCAGUUGGGACGUGGUGACAGGCUGAAUUCACAAGGUAUUACGCUGCGGCAAUUUAGGCUAUUACUAGUAUGAACACCUAUCUGAUAUGUGACUCUUCACUUUAGAGAUCGAUGCGGAGCAGCUUCGCUCUGUUACAGAUAUUGCGUCGAAAUCACGGUUCUUGUGCCUGAACAGAAGCCCUGACUGGUAUGGUUUUCGUGCCGGCGCCAAAGCUACCUUAUUAAAGGAAAUUAACGCUUCAUGAAAUUAACGCGAAUCGUUAAAAUUCGCGUUAAUUUAAGUCGCGUUAAUUUUUUUGAGCGUUAAUUUCCGCGACGUUAACCAAGUGCAGCGUUAAUUUCCGCGCUCUUAAUUUCCAGUAUCUUAACCCCAAUUUUGGAACCUGUCCAGACAUUCUUGACACCUAAAAAACAUUAACUACAAGCUUUCUUUCUUUCCAUUUACCCUUUAUCUUUUAUCUUUCACAAAAGCUUAGGGGAAGGUUUACAAUACUUCGAGUCCAUCUUCAUCCUUGUCGCUUUCAGAAGGGAUGUCACCAUCUUCUCCUUUGAUUUCGCGUAAUUAAUCGCGUUAGUUUCCUUUAUUAUGAAAUUCUACUUCCUCUUUCGCGUUAAUUUUCUUUAUUCGAAGGUCGUUUUCCAUUAAAUUCGCGUUAAUUUCCAAUACUUUAUUUCAUGGAACGUCAAUUUUCUGUAAUAAGGUAUCCGAUCUGUCACCCUCUAGUUACUAGGGUGAGACAGACUCUCAAUGCCCCUUUGAUCACAUUUUAAUUUUUCAAAUUAAUUACUGGACAUUUUUAGUCUAAAUUAUUAGUGUUCCAAAUUCUUGUCCGCACCUUUCAUGCACAACAUUUUUAGAACAGUCAAUUAUUGCUGUCUAUCCCGCUUAGGCCUGUAUGAACACUUGUCACGCGGAUAAGCAGAUAGCAGAUUGUGGAUGCGCCGAAGGCCAGUUCCCUACAGAUGCAGAUAUUUGCAAUUUGCGUAACAAAACUAUAGGUAAAUGUGUUUAAAUUGUUAUUAUCUGUAACCCUAUCAAAUUCCAUUGGUUUCGCCAUUUCAAGCUUCCAAGGAACAUUAUGUAGAAUCAAAUUGUUAUUUAAUGAUCAUAACUGAAUGGAAAGGAUGCGUUAUAAAUUAUUGUUAUUAUUAUUAUAAUUAUUAUUAUUAUCAUCGUCAUCAUCAUCAUCAUUAUUAUUGUUGAUAUUAUUAUUUUUAUAAUAAAUCCUCAUUACAAUAAGUUUAGCAGAAACAUUUUCUUAUCUGUUUUUCCAACAGCUAAGUGCCUGGAGAAAAUACAAUAUAAGUUGCUUACAGGAGAACUCGACUGCGAGGCUCAGUGUCCAACACCAUGCAGGUAAUUCAACUAUUAAAUGUAAAAAAUAUUUUUUGUUCACGAAGAUUAAAAAUCGAUCUUAUCCACAUACAACGCCCUCCCUUUUUACCUUAAUCGAUUGUUAAUUAAUCAGCAUUUGCUCUAAUUACAAGGUUGCUCAGAAUUUUCGGAAGACUUUCAACGAUAUCAGUCUGAAAUCUUCUGAUUUUCUGCAAAGAAAAAAAUAAUUGGCCAGAAAUACAUGUACAUGGAAGAGCACAAUAUACUCUCGGUUACCCCUUCUUUGAUAUCUUGUAACGAUUAAAACAUGUGUCACUCAGUUUUGUUUUCUCAUAGAGAAGUUCAAUACAAGAGCACCCUUUCAAUGGGUCACUGGCCUUCCUUUGGAUAUGAGGUAUUUCUUUAUUAUUAUACCCUUCCUUUCGUAUCCUUUAAGCAUUAAUAUUUACAUAAUUUCUAGAUUUAGUCAAGGCCAAAAGCGAUGUCUUUCUACAGUACAGUACAGUACAGUUCAAAUCCUCCAGUCGGUAAGCCUGUUACCAUGGAGUUACACUGGCGACUACACGGUCGACCAGAGUAGCGAAACCACUCUUUUUUUAUGUAGACCUCUUUGCCUGAAGCCAUUCAACUUUCGCCGAAUCAAGAAGCAAACUGAAUUCCUUCUGAAAAAUGGACCUGAGCCAACAAUUAAUAGAUAACCAAUAACUGUUCAGAGGGGAACUUAAAAAAUACGUCACCUCAAUGAAUCGUACACUUGAGCUUCAGAUGCAGUCAUGUGACACUAGUCAUUGGAUACCCUAUUUUGACGGAUUUUCAAUAGUCAAAUUAAAACCUCGGAUUCCUAGCUAGAAAGUUUUUCAUUUCACAUCCGAUAACUAUAAAAGGAGUGGACGGACGAUUUUGUCAAAUUUUAUUGCCCAUGGCGCUCUGCUGCAAAAUACUCCAGACUGAUCUCCAUAUAUUUUCCUAAAUGAUUAGUUAAAUGAAUUUAUUAAAAGAUUCCAGUAUUUUCUUGAUGAAUGUGUUGUAUGAUAGUGUUAAGAGAAAAUUGAUCUUGGUUACUCCCGGGACUCAGAGGGUUAAUGGCAUUGUUCAUUUAUCAAAUUUCUCUUUUAACAGAUUAAACUUUACCUAGAACGCUAUAUUAAACGCUGAAAACUGAAGAUGUUAAGAAGGCUGUGAUCCGUGUGGGGAGUGUGGUGAAGUACAAAAAGCCUUCAUCGCGUCCUUUCGCCUUUUUCCCCUGCGAAUUUCGAAAGGUUUUGCAAUUUAUGAAAGUCGACUUUAGCAACCCAAAAAAUUGCGUGUCUUACAACGCCCGAGCUUCGUCAUAUGAACUCAUUAGUUUUAACACGUUGUUCUUCAAUUGUAUAUAUCUAUAUUAUAAAUCUGAUAUAUCCUUCCAAAUUCACAGAAAUGCUAAGUGCUUUGUGGCCCCAAAAAAUUAAUAUUUACUCGAAUUUUUCUUAGCAAAAACCUUUUGUUUAAGUAGUUAUCAAACCUUAACAUUUUGUUUGUGUUUAUUGCAGUCCAUCCUCGAAAGUCGAGUUAAGACCGAUUCCACCCUAGCAAAAGAAUUGGAUAAUGGAUACUUCUUAAGGUAAUCAUAAAUUAUACUCGUACGUACGAUACUCCAGAUUGUCUCCUAGGAAGGGGGGGGUAACAGAGGAGGAAGCGCCUAGUCUAGUAUAUGUGAAUUUCGCCAAAGUUGGUUGGUUUCCGGAGAGGUCCUCAAACUUUUAUUCUGUGUUGUCAAGAGAGAAUUCAACUGUCGCCAUGACAAUAAUCAGCAUUUUUGCUAUGAGGAAUUGAUUUUUGGACUUAAUCAAAAUGUGCGGACGUCUCAGGAAGUAAACGCCUCGAAAGGGAAAUAUAAUUGAAAAAUCUUAGUGAUAUUUAAAUAUGUAACGAGAAAUGCCCUGGGUAAACAAAUACGAAUAAAAACUUAACUAGCAAUUUACAAAGAGCGAAAUAAUAAACCAAAUAAAAAGGAAACGAAAGGAAGGACUAAUAAUACCUUGUGAACCUUUAAGAUUCUAUCCUUGAACAACCAAAUCCAUCACCGAACAGGCGAACGAGAGAAUUCCCAAACGCCGAGUUAACGAUCAUGUAGUUUUAAAACUAUCGAUCGCUUGGUCACCUGACCCAAAGAGCGCGCGAAAAUGUAACCUACCGCGCGGGCCUGGGCUGGCUUGCAGCGACAAUUAAAACCUCUAUUAAAAUAACUUUCAUCACUGAAACUCACACAUCCCGGCCAACACCCUAAGACUUCCUCUCUGCAGUCCCAUUAUACUCUCUUGGGAUCAAUUAAACCAAACAAAGGACGAAAUCACACUAAAACGUCUAUGAAAUUCUUAAAACGAUCAUUUUUGUUUCAUUCAAUUGUCUAGAUGGUUUAUAUAAUUAUAUAUUUUACCUUUUGUUCAAUUCAAAUAUAUGAAAGUGACAUUUUGUCUCCAAUUUUUUUUUACUUUCAAGUGAGAACUUUCUCCAAGUUAAAGUCUUCUACGAGCAACUAAAUUAUGAAAAGGUCACUGAAAGAAUAAGCUAUGAGGUAAUUAUGAUUUCUAAAUUACAGUAAUCUCUCAAUUACAUUUGUCUAUCUUGCUAGCUUUCAUUGGACAUAUAAGGCUAAGGACCGCUUCCACGUAAUGAGACAUUAAAACGUUUAAACAUAUACAGUUGAACCCCGCUAUUUCGAAGUCCCAAGGGAAAUGCAAAAAAGUUCGAAAUAGCGGGGCUUCGAAAUAACCGGGGAAGCGUAAAGGGGAAAGGUAAAUCCAAGGGCAUUCGAUCUUCCUUCGAAAUAGCGGGGACUUCGAAUUAACCGAGUUCGAAAUAGCGAGGUUCGACUGUAAUCAGUGUAGGUAACCAGCUUUUUGCUUUGGAAGAAAAUGCUUGGAAUAUAUUUCCCAUUCAUAACAGUAGCUAAUACGUAAAUACAUAAAAUAAUCUUAUUGCACGUAUUACAUGUAGACUUCAGUAUGAUAGGUACAGGUAUACACCAGUAGGUGUGAAUUACAGAUUUUUUUAAAAGUGAGCAAACUAAUGGUGGACUAGUGAACUCCGUGAUUCUUUAGGGAUUCGAUACGGCCACAAGGGUUGCUAGUAAGAUUGAAUUAUGAAAAUGAAGAAAUGAUCGUCGCAGUGAACGCAAUUUAUGCAAUUGCGUAAAGAAGCCUGAAAAAAAUUCAGGACUUCAAUGGGGUUUGAACCCGUGACCUCGCAAUACCGGUGCGAUGCUCUACCAACUGAGCUAUGAAGCCACUGACGUUGGGAGCGGGCCAGUUGUGGGUUCAUAUGUUCCCGUGAAAGAAAUGAGUGUUACUGAUAUAUGAAAUAAAUCAUAUAUGAACUGCGUAAAUGAAAUGAAAAUGAAGAAAUGAUCGUCGCAGUGAACGCAAUUUAUGCAAUUGCGUAAAGAAGCCUGAAAAAAAUUCAGGACUUCAACGGGCCUACUGAAAAUUUUUUUUACAAAGUGAAUAUGUAAAAGAAGUCUUAUAUUGCACGUAUUACACGUGCACUUCAGCUGUGGGUUGUUCAAAAGUUGGCUAGCGGUAUCCACCGGAUAAAUCACCAUCCAGCGGAUAGCGUAAUUGAUUUCCGUAAUACUUAUCCGCUGGAUAGUGAUUUAUCCGGUGGAUAUUUUUUGAGGAAUUCUCACAUCUACUUGAAUCUGUAACUGUGGAGUCUUCUGAUCGAGUCCUAAUUACUGGUGACUUUAACUUGCAUAUGGAUUGUCAAGAUGAUGUAAAUGCCAAACGUUUUACUGACAUCUUGGAAUCUUUUGACCUUAAACAACGUGUCUGUGCUGGGACUCAUCGCAAUGGCCAUACUCUUGACUUACUUAUAAAUAAGUCUGAUGAUAACAUGCUCAAUAAUAUGAAAGUCUAUGAUGCUAACAUCUCUGAUCAUUCGGCGGUACUGUGUGAUGUCUCCAUAAGAAAGCCCCAGUUUAGGAAGGAAGUUAUCUUCUAUCGGAAGCUUCGGUCUCUUGACAUGGAGUCGUUUCUUAGUGAUGUUGCUGACUGCCCUCUCGUCAUCGACCCAUCCAGCGAUCUCGAUCAUCUAGUUCAACAGUAUGACACCUUAUUAAGAUCAACAAUGGACAAGCAUGCUCCUGUCAAGCGCCGAGUUGUUACUAUUAGGCCUGCUGCUCCGUGGUACACUAAUGAGGUAUCUGUAGAGAAGCGUAAGCGACGACGCCUUGAAAGAAAAUGGCGAAGAACCAGGCUGCAGGCUGACCGACAAGAAUAUACUCGUCAGUGCUGCGUUGUGAAUAAUUUGAUCAAGUCGUUGAAAUCCUCUUACUACACUACCAUCAUUACUGAAAACUCAACUGAUCAACGGGUUUUGUUUAAUACAGUAUCAAAACUACUACAAAAGCAAUCAACUGCACGGUAUCCAUCUUCUUGUAGUGAUGCACUAGCUAAUUCUUUCGCUGAUUAUUUCAUUGACAAGAUUGAUCGUAUCCAUGCCACACUAAUAGAGAAGAAUUCUGCGCAAGGUAAUGAUGCCAAUGAAGUGACUCUUGGUAACUACGUGGAAUGUAACUCUGUGUUUUCAGACUUUAUUAAUGUCAGUUACGAAGACAUCAAGGGACUUGCAUUGAGAUCUAUUAAUAAAUCCUGUGUACUUGAUCCUCUGCCUGCAGUGGUAAUGAAGGAAUGUUUCAAUUUACUAACUCCUGUGUUGACUAACAUAGUGAAUACAUCUUUAUCUACUGGAGUUAUGCCUGAUGUCUUGAAGAUUGCAGCUGUGACACCGACUUUAAAGAAACAUAAUGCUGAUUUCACUAAAUAUGAAAGUUUUCGACCCAUUUCUAAUUUGAAGUUUGUGUCCAAGCUUGUGGAAAAAGCGGUAUGUGUCCAGCUUACAGACUAUAUUACAUCUAAUGGUCUUUCGGAAACGUUUCAAUCCGCAUACAAGUCAUUUCACUCCACUGAAACGGCUCUACUGAGGGUUCAAAAUGACAUUCUUUGUGCUUUAGAUCGUAAUGAGUCGGUCAUACUGGUACUUUUGGAUCUAUCGGCGGCGUUUGAUACGGUGGACCAUACUCUUCUAGUGACAAGGCUGUCUACUUGUUUUGGUUUUCAAGGAACUGUGCUUAAGUGGCUGAAAUCAUACCUGUCUUCACGUAAGCUGUUUGUUAAAGUUGGGAAUAGUCAUUCUACACAACGUGCAUUGAAGUGUGGUGUCCCUCAGGGAUCAGUUCUGGGCCCUUUGUUGUAUUUGUUAUACACAUCACCUAUUGCGGACAUAAUAAAUGAUCAUGGACUAUCAUACCAUCUAUAUGCUGACGACACCCAAUUAUAUAUUACCUUUAAAUCUACCAGCUUGAAUGACAUCCAACAAGUGAAGUUGAGAGUGGAAUGCUGUGAGAGGACAUUGAUGAAUGGAUGAUAAGAAACUAUCUUAAACUAAACCAAGACAAAACGGACCUUGUAGUCAUCAGUUCUAGAUUCCAUCCUAUGCCUGACAUCGGUCACAUUACUGUUGGUUCUGAGUGCAUUGCACCUCGUGACUCUGUUCGUAAUUUAGGGGUUCAGUUUGAUAGCAUAUUUAGUUUUGAGGAGCACAUUAAGAACAUUUGUAAAUCAUCAUUCUAUCAUUUGAGAAAUAUUGCUAAAAUCCGCAAGUACUUAAGCCAAGAUACAUGUAAAAUCUUAGUCCAUGCAUUUAUCAGUUCGAAACUUGAUCACUGUAAUUCCUUAUUACAUGGCCUUCCUAAGUAUCUGUUAGCGAGACUACAGGCAGUUCAGAAUGCUGCAGCUCGUGUUGUCACAUUGACACCGAGGCAUGUUCAUAUAACUCCUAUUUUAAUUAAUCUUCACUGGUUACCAGUUGAGUUUAGAAUAACUUUUAAAGUCCUUUUAUUGGUAUACAAGGCCCUUCAUGGCCUUGCACCUUCUUAUAUUUCUGACCUUUUGAAUUUUAAAACAUACUCUAGGUCAUUGCGUUCUUCCUGUAAAGAAUACUUAGUGGUUCCAAGAAGCAGAUUGAAAACAUAUGGAGACAGAGCUUUCUCUAUUGCAGGACCUAAAUUGUGGAACGAUUUACCUCUAGAGAUUAGGAAAUGUGCUUCAGUGGCAACUUUUAAGCAAUCCCUUAAAACUUUUUUAUUUAAGUUAGCAUAUAGGUUAUGAGAUUCCUUUUGUUUUGAGAUGUUUUUGAUUUAUAUAGUAGAUAACUUAGGCUAUAUUUGAAUUAUAUUGUAUAUUGUAGAUAUUUUUAUAUUUUAUAUUUUUUAUAUUUUAUUUUGCAAUUAGGUAGCGCUUUGGACAAUUAUUGGAUUUUAGCGCUAUAUAAAUAAAAUUAUUAUUAUUAUUAUUUAGUACUAUCCAACGUUUGAACAACCGGGGCCAGGAUGAUAGGAACAGGUAUACAAUAGGUAUGAAUUAGAGAAUUUUUUAAAGUGAGCAAUCUAAAGAUGGACUAGUGAACUCCUUGUUUCUUUUUUAAUUCAAUAGGGUGUUAAUCUUGUUGCUGACAUCGGAGGACAACUGGGACUUUGGAUUGGUAUAUCCGUACUUACUUGCUGCGAGUUCUUGGAAUUAGCUUGGAUGAUAAUACAAACGAUUAUUAACCGCAUUUCAGGCAGGAGAAUUGUUCAUGUACUGCCAGUACAUGAAUAA